CUUGAUUCAUUCUGGACUGUGCAUCAAAAUGAUCUGAAUAUUUUAAAGCAGUUGUCUAUUACAGCAAGUCUCAAUUUUAUGACCUUUCACUUCAUAUUUCUGUCUUUAAAUUAUUUUGAUGUACUGAAAAUUUAAAUGACUUUUUCUUUCAUUUCAGAGCUGAUGGAAGUGAAGGAGGAGAAUGAAGAACUGAGUGAAGUGGAGGAGGAACAUCAUGACAAACCUGGAGAAAAACCUUUGAGUCGCUUAAAGACUAAAAAUAUACUUCUAAAGAAAAGAAGAGCCAAGAAAUCUACAACCUGCACUCAGUGUGGAAAGAGUUUCACAACCAAACAAAGUCUUGAUGUUCACAUGAGAGUUCACACUGGAGAGAAGCCGUUCACAUGUGAUCAAUGUGGGAAGAGAUUCAGUCAAUCAUCAAGCCUUAAAGCACACAUGAAGAUCCACACUGGAGAGAAGCCGUUCACAUGUGAUCAAUGUGGAAAGAGUUUCACGCGAUCAUCACACCUUAAAGAACAUAUGAAAGUUCACACUGGAGAGAAGCCGUUCACAUGUGAUCAAUGUGACAAAACAUUUCUAGGGUCAUCAGACCUGAAGAAACAUCUGACAGUUCAUACAAAGGAGAAGCCAUAUUCAUGUUCUGUGUGUGGAAAGAGUUUUUCACUGCUGCAAUAUUUACAUAAACAUGAAAAAACACACACUGGUGUGAGAGAGUACAUGUGCUUUGAGUGUGAGAAGACUUUUAUUACAGAGAGUGAUUUAAAAGUGCACCAGAGGAUUCACACUGGAGAAAAACCUCACAAGUGUUCACACUGUGACAAGAGAUUCAGUGUGUCAUCAAAUCUGAAAACACAUGAGAAGAUCCACACUGGAGAAAAACCUUACAAGUGUUCACACUGUGACAAGAGAUUCAGUCAGUCAGUAAAUCUGAAAACACACGAGAGGAUCCACACUGGAGAAAAACCUUACAAGUGUUCACACUGUGACAAGAGAUUCACUCAAUCAGAACAUCUGAAAAAACAUGGGAGCAUCCACAGCAGAGAGAAACCUCACAAGUGUUCACACUGUGACAAGAGAUUCAGUUGUUCAUCAUAUCUGAAAACACAUGAGAGGAUCCACACUGGAGAAAAACCUUACAAG